AUGACUGCCCAGAUAUCCUGUGUAAUGACCAUCCAGAUAUCCUGUGACUGCACAGAUAUCCUGUGUAAUGACUGCCCAGAUAUCCUGUUUAAUGACUGCCCAGAUAUCCUGUGUAAUGACCGCCCAGAUAUCCUGUGUAAUGACUGCCCAGAUAUCCUGUGUAAUGACCAUCCAGAUAUCCUGUGUAAUGACCGCACAGAUAUCCUGUGUAAUGACUGCCCAGAUAUCCUGUUUAAUGACUGCCCAGAUAUCCUGUGUAAUGACUGCCCAGAUAUCCUGUGUGAUGACUGCCCAGAUAUCCUGUGUAAUGAAUGCCCAGAUAUCCUCUGUGAUAAUGUUAUCACAUUGAAGUCAAGUCAGGGAGAACAAGAACUAUUUGAGGAAAUACCAUACAGCAACAAACAUUCUGCAGAUGAGCCAUGUCUGAAACAACAUGGCUGCUACAGUAGAUGGCCAAAGACUCGGUUAUCACACAAGACUCUGUGUCAGCUACUAGCCGGGCACCCCAAAGGUGUGAAUGGUGCCACUACACAGCCACCUCAGUCCCCAACCAAGGUGGACAAAUUCUUCCUAGAGGAAAACAACAAUAUCACAUAUGACGUUGAAGGGGUAUCAUGCCCUGGAAAUGACAUCGCAGAGGACAAACGAAUGAAUGCAAACAGUCAUGGACAUAACAGGAAUUCUAGUAGAUCUACUAACGGCAGUGUUGUGACUUCAGGUGAGGCUUGGACGUCAGAUGUGUCACCUAGUCCAGGCCAAAGUGGGGGUCCUACUCGGCAGCCUCACCAAGGCAUGCUGAGUGGCCGUCCAUCUAGCCAAGAAUCUUCGUCUCACACAUCAACCAUGUUAGCAUCUGCAGGCUCCCCGGCAAACUUGUCCGGGAUUUUCCGCACACCUGCAACACAUGUGGAUUCCACACAGAGGCAUUUGUCAACAGGAAGUCAGUUCUCAACUCUUUAUUCCUCCACAGGUGGAGGAGGCGGUGGUGGAGGUGGUGGAUCUUCACCUCUAUCUUACUCUAACUUACACGGGGCACAUCCAAGUGCUGUGGUAGCCGCACAGGGCUCACACAUGCAGGCCCCUUAUAGUGCUUUUUACCCCCAGUUUCCAUCUCACAGCGGAUACACACAUCGGUCUAUGUUGGCUGCCCAUUACCCACACAUAGAGUCCUACUCAGCUGUCCUACAGAGUAUGGGCAGUCAGGUACAGCACGCCUCUCAAACCCAGCUACCUCGUAACUCGUACCUACCCGGUCAGAUACCUCAGUACUCCAUCCUUGGGGGCAAUCAAAGAUCCCUGUCUGUGUCCACAUCUCCAGGCCCCCAGGGGGCACCACGUCACUCUCCAGCCGCUGGGCAGCACUCUGGGGAGUCAGCAGCUAGAGAUAUAAAGUCUCCCCUGAAGUACGAAAGGGACAUGGAGGGGCACUCGGGGGGGCGUGAAUAUUCACCACAUUACAAGGACGACCGUACACACAGUCUUUCAUCCAUCGAACUCGGCAGCGGGGGUAAGUCUGUAUCAUUUAAGGAUUUGCCUCCCCGUCACGAUUCUCUGUGUAGUAAGGAUCAAAGUGACUAUAAAGUGCCUAGUGGAAAGGAAGGCAGUCGUAAACACCGAAUAUUGACUCGGCCCUCGGAUAGCGUCAUAGAAAGUUCCUCCGUAGAUGUACAAAGUGGCUCAUAUAGCAGCAAUAGAUCAUCAGAUCAACCGUCCCCAAAACGAUCAAAGGCAGGCUACGGAGCCUCAUUGCCCCACGUCAACCCCCAUGGGGCAAGUGGGGAGCAGGGUGUGGUAGAGGUCGGCGCAGGCGCCCCCCAGUCCUCAAAUCUACACUACCCCCCUCACUUCAUGAAGGGGUCAAUUAUACAGUUAGCUAAUGGAGAACUGAAACGUGUUGAAGAUCUGCAAACAGAUGACUUUGGACAAAGUGCUGAUAUAAGUAGUGAUCUCAAAAUAGAUUCCAGUACAGUAGUGCGUAUGGAAGAGAAAGGUGAUGGCAGCACCGUCGUCUUGGGUUUUGUGGUGGGCGAACACCGAGUACAGGUUACUGUGGAGGCGACAGUAGAACACCCGUUCUUUGUGUUUGGGCAAGGCUGGUCCUCAUGCGACCCCGACAAGACCCUUGAGCGGUAUGGCUUGGAGUGUCAUAGACUGUCUGUUGGAGAUAUCUGUAUAUCUCUCACACACAAGGAGGUCACCGCUCGUGGCGCCGAGCUAUCACAACAGCAGCUACGCCAUCAGGAGGAGAACAAGCAUCUACAGCAAAGCAGGUCCCCUACCUUGACUUUCCAGACCCCAAGGUCAAUAAACAAGUGUUCCCAAAGUCAAGGUCAAAUGUAUUGUAAUGUGUCAACAGCUGACAACAUAGAAAAGAGUCUGCAAAAUUCUCCAAUGGACACUGCAGCGGACAUAAAUCAGGACCAGCAUGCAGUGGAUAGUAGGCCGCCUCGGAAACGCCACUGGUCAUCAUCGGACCACAAUAAUGACAGUGUUCACAAUGACCAGAAAAAGCAAGAGAAGUCCUAA